CGAUGUGUGAUUACCAUGGCGAGGAGUCUCUGUCCGGGGGCCUGGCUAAGGAAGCCCUGUUACCUCCAGGCUCGCUUCUCAUAUGUGCGAAUGAAAUAUCUUUUCUUUUCCUGGUUGGCGGUUUUUGUUGGAAGCUGGAUUAUAUAUGUGCAAUACUCUACCUAUACAGAACUAUGCAGAGGAAAGGACUGUAAGAAAAUAAUAUGUGACAAAUACAAGACCGGAGUUAUUGAUGGGCCUGCAUGUAAUAGCCUUUGUGUUACAGAAACUCUUUACUUUGGAAAAUGCUUAUCCACCAAGCCCAACAAUCAGAUGUAUUUAGGGAUUUGGGAUAAUCUACCGGGUGUUGUGAAGUGUCAAAUGGAACAAGCACUUCAUCUUGAUUUUGGUACAGAAUUGGAACCAAGAAAAGAAAUAGUGCUAUUUGAUAAGCCAACUAGGGGAACUACUGUCCAGAAAUUCAAAGAGAUGGUCUACAGUCUCUUUAAGGCAAAGCUGGGUGACCAAGGGAACCUCUCUGAGCUGGUUAACCUCAUCUUGACAGUAGCUGAUGGAGACAAAGAUGGCCAGGUUUCCUUGGGGGAAGCGAAGUCAGCAUGGGCACUUCUUCAAUUAAAUGAAUUUCUUCUCAUGGUGAUACUUCAAGAUAAAGAACAUACCCCAAAAUUAAUGGGAUUCUGUGGUGAUCUCUAUGUGAUGGAAAGCGUCGAAUAUACCUCUCUUUAUGGAAUAAGCCUUCCCUGGGUCAUUGAACUUUUUAUACCAUCUGGGUUCAGAAGAAGCAUGGAUCAGUUGUUCACACCAUCAUGGCCUAGAAAGGCUAAAAUAGCCAUAGGACUUCUAGAAUUUGUGGAAGAUGUUUUCCAUGGCCCAUAUGGAAACUUCCUCAUGUGUGAUACUAGUGCCAAAAACCUAGGAUAUAAUGAUAAAUAUGACUUGAAAAUGGUGGACAUGAGAAAAAUUGUGCCAGAGACAAACCUGAAAGAACUUAUAAAGGAUCGUCACUGUGAGUCUGAUUUGGACUGUGUCUAUGGCACGGAUUGUCGAACUAGCUGUGACCAGAGUACAAUGAAAUGUACUUCAGAAGUGAUACAACCAAACUUGGCAAAAGCCUGUCAGUUACUCAAAGACUACCUACUGCGUGGUGCUCCAAGUGAAAUUCGCGAGGAAUUAGAAAAGCAGCUGUAUUCUUGUAUUGCUCUCAAAGUCACAGCAAAUCAAAUGGAAAUGGAACAUUCUUUGAUACUAAAUAACCUAAAAACAUUACUGUGGAAGAAGAUUUCCUACACAAAUGACUCUUAGUUCAUUUGGACAUUGUGACCAUUUUAAGAAACUUAG